GGGGCACUACAGUCCACAGAUUCGAAAGCUUGUGUGGUGUGGUCUCUUCUGUUUCCCGCCUUCAAGACAGAGAGAGGUCAGAGGCUAUGGAAACCUAAUGGACGACGCAAAGAAAUUGUACGAAUCACUCUUCGACCAACUCAACUCCACCUUCCGCCGAUUUUUCUCCGCUCUGCCUCAGCGCCACCAUGACCCUUACGCUCGGUCUCUUCGGCCUCCGCCUCCGCCUCCGCAUCCACGGCUGUGGCCAAUUGUUCAAGAACUUUCUCUCGUUCUGCGGAGCUGUCUUCUUCUCCUGACGCUCCCGCGCUCCGACCAGAAGUUCCUCCUCCUCAAGUGCCGCUUCCUCCUUCGCGUUUUGAAGUCCUUCCUCUCUCUUGAUGUCGCCGAACAUGGCGGUUUGCGCUUCCGCAACUUUCUCUCCGGCGUUGACUUGGAGCUUCCUGAUUCUUGCCGUUCGUAUCUAUGCGCGCUGCUUGAGGUAUUUGCAGAUGAACUUUUAAGAAAUCAAUCUUUGAGAAGAUAUCUUAUGAAGGUUGAUUCAGUGUCUUCCACCAGUGAAAAACUUUUUAUGUGCCAUUUCAACCAAGGUGAUAUUGCCAGUGUCCUGGAGGUGAUAACUACCCAUUUCAUCAUGUCAGUUUCUAAUGAGAAAGCAUUCGAGGAUUUCACAAGUGGAUUAUUUUUACAAUGUAACAUGGAUUUUAGAUUUCCUAAACUUAGCCUUGCGCCCUCCAUGAUGUUGCUGCUUGACCCUGUUGUGCUUUCUGCACCGAAGAUGUUUCAGGCACACACAUUUUCAAUGGUUUCUGAAGCCAUUGGUUCAGGCUUAUCUUCAGAGAUUUUAGCUCCAGAUAUGAAUUGCCACCUAACAGCACUUCAAAAAUCUGUUAUCUUGUACUCUACGCAUGUGUCUAGUUUGCAAAUAAAUGGCUUUUGUGUUGAGUUGAAAUGUUCCUAUAAUUCAUACCUGCUUGAGAGAGGUCAGCCAACUUUUGAAGCUUAUAUCCUGCAAGGCACAAGGAACAGAUUAAAUCAAGUCUUAUCAAAAUUAGAUAAUUCAUGGGACUCCUAUCAUUGCAAAAUGUCUUCCAAAUCAAAAGCUGACCUUUUGGCUGACUACAUUGCAUUUAUGAAAGAGAGACAGCACAUAUUUGUUGAUUCAUGCAGGGAUGCGACUACCUUAAUCUUAGAUUGUAUUAUCCAUCAAGCUUUCUCUCAGGAUGCCACUGGAGAUGCAGUAUACCAUAUAAAGGAAAAUACUAGUGCCCAAGACAUACACCUUCUUGCAUCCAUAUUGAAGUUGAUGAGUGUUUCAUUGCUACAGACAAUUAAGUAUCUAAGCAAUAGUGGUGAUUCAGAUUGUUUAAAAUCCAUGGGAAGUGCCUCUGUGCGCGAGAAAUAUGAUUUCUUGAUCAGCAUCAUUGACCAUUUUCAACAAUUUAAGUUCUGUUUACCAAUUCAAACAUUAUUGUAUGAUGCGAUGAAAACUCAGCAAUCAAAUUACAAAGUCUCCAAAUCAAUGCUUGUGCACUUUAUAGGCUUGCUAUCUUUAAGUUUUAGCAAUGGAUUUGAUUUGCUUGCUAAGGGGUGUAUACUCGUACUUAUGGCACUGAUGUGUCUAUUUGUUUUUGAAGAGGGAGAUUUAGUUGCUUUGGGGUCAUUGAGGGGUCUGUCAUUGCAACCUUGCUCGUCUGAAAUUCCAUCUGAUAAGAAUGGAAAGGGGUCUAGAGAUAAGCGACCUGUCUAUAAAGUUGCCGCAGAGUUUCGUAGAAUUCAAGCAUGUAAUUUAAGAACGGUUUCCUUCACCUCCUAUAACUUACAGGAUGGAACAGAGAAAACCUGCAAUGGGGAAGUGUUCCUUAAUUGCAUAUUAGAAGACCCCAAAAAGGUAUCUGAUUAUGAUGAUCUUGCAGAUUUCCUUGAGUGUAAGACGGGGAAAAAUUAUUCCAAGUGGUUGAAUGGCCGAGAAGUAUAUAGAAACCGGAGGUAUCAGAGAAAAAUAGAUUUAAGGAAAAAGAAGAAGGAAACAUUCUGGAAUUCUUCUAAGUAUAGAAAAAUUGGCAAGUCUUUGAAGCGACAGAACAUUUGUACGUUUAUGAAGCAUUGGAAGUGAUAGAUCUAACAGUAGAUACCCAUUCGAUCCUAUCUUGAGUUUAACGGGAAAACUUGCUUUGACUAGGGUCGAAUUUUUUUUGACUUGUGGAAGCAAGGGCAAGGUAUGUGACUCCUGCCCUCGUACCCACCAUGUUAUGUAUAUUUUUAUAAUUAUUAAUAGCAUGAUUAUAUAUUUAUAUAUAAUUCAUAUUAUA